CCCGGCAGCGAGCGGCCGCCCUUUGUGCUCGGUGGCGCCCUGCGGGGGCCCGAGAGGCGCCCCCUCCCUGGCUGGAUCCUCCCCCUGGGCCUGCGCCAGCCCCCCGCGCCCCCGGGCCCCCAGCACGCGGCCCCCGGGCCCCGAGGCGCGCGGGGCGGGCAGGAGGAGGGGCCAGGGGCUGGCCGGCCAGGCAGCGCCCCCCCGCUGGCUGCCGGCUCCCCCCUGCAGCGGAGCGAGGAAGGGGCGAAGGGAGGGAGCGGCAGGCUGUCCAGCCCCGAGCCCAGGCGAGCCAUGUGGGCUGGGCUGCUCCUGCGAGCCGCCGCCGCCGCCGCCGCCGCCUGCCUCGCGCUCUCCCUCCCCGCCCGAGGCUACCCGGGGGGCCGAAAGAAGCCCGCUCCCUUCGCGGCCGAGAGACGCCGCCUGGGACCCCAUGUUUGCCUCUCGGGGUUUGGAAGCGGAUGCUGCCCUGGCUGGGUGCCCUCCCUGGGCAGUGGACAGUGCACCCUCCCCCUGUGCACCUUUGGCUGUGGUAGUGGUUACUGCAUUGCUCCUAACGUCUGCUCCUGUCGGGAUGGAGAGCAAGGCAUCACCUGUCCAGAAGCCCCUGGACCCUGUGGGGAAUAUGGCUGUGACUUGGCUUGUAACCAUGGCGGCUGCCAAGAGGUAGCCCGAGUCUGCCCUGUGGGGUUCUCCAUGAUAGAAACAGCCAUUGGCAUCAAGUGUACAGACAUCGAUGAGUGCUUGAGCUCCUCCUGUGAGGGCCUCUGCGUGAACACGGAAGGAGGCUUUGUGUGUGAGUGUGGGCCAGGGAUGCAGCUUUCUGCUGACCGUCACAGCUGCCAAGACACUGAUGAGUGCUUGGGGAUCCCUUGUCAGCAGAGCUGCAAAAACAGCAUCGGCAGCUACAGGUGCUCCUGCCGAGCGGGCUUCUACCUCCACGGUAACCGGCACUCCUGUGUAGAUGUGAAUGAGUGUCGCCGCCCCCCAGAGAGGCGUGUCUGCCAUCACUCCUGCCACAAUACCAUGGGGAGCUUCCGGUGUGCCUGCCGGGCAGGCUUCCGCCUCAGUGCGGACAGGGCAUCCUGUGAAGCAUUUCCGAAGGCCGUGCUUGCCCCAUCUGCCAUUCUCCAGUCACUGCAGCACCCCCCGAAGAUGCUGUUACUCUUUCCGGAGUCUGGCCCCCCCGCCCUCCCCCCUGGCCAUGGCCCCCCAUCCCGGGCACCUGGCCCCCACCCAGUAACCAAAACCACACCUCUCGUGCCGCUGACCUCAGCACUGCCCACCUCCUCCACCUCUGCCUGGUCCCCGACCCCCUCAGCAACAGUGGCCACCCCGUCUCCCAGUUCUUCCUCCUUGGGAAGAAUGGUGAAACCGUCUAUACUGGCAGGUCUGCUGCCCCCUUCACUCUUGCAUGGCGAGGCAGUGAGGACCCCUUCCCCUCCCAGGGGCCCUUCGACCUCUCAGCCUUUGCCAGCACCUUCUCCUUGCUGGCACCAAGGAGGCACCCAUGAGCAUGGGAGCCGCUGGACCGAGCCUGGAUGCUUGAACUGUGGGUGCCAGGAUGGCGAGGUGACCUGCGACAAAGUGACGUGUAAAGCUGCCUGUUCUCACCCGCUCCCCUCCCCUGAUGGGUGCUGCCCUGAUUGUUCAGGUUGUUUUUAUGGUGGCUUCCCCAGAGCCGAAGGGGACGUGUUCUCCCCUCCCAACGAGAACUGCACGGUCUGCAUCUGCCUUGCUGGGAACGUAUCAUGUAUCGCCCCCGAGUGUCCUCCUGGUCCUUGCCUGACCCCGCCGCAGUCGGACUGCUGCCCCUGCGUCCCAGUGAGGUGCUAUUUUCAUGGCCGAUUCUACCCAGACGGGGCUGAAUUCAGUGGGGAUGGGGAUGAAUGCACCACCUGUGUUUGCCAGAAGGGGGAAGUUCAGUGUUCCUUCACGCCCUGCCCGGAGCUGGACUGUCCAAGAGAGGAGUGGCAGUUGGGGCCAGGCCAGUGCUGCUUCACCUGCAGAGAGCCCACCCCAGUAUCAGGCUGCUCUCUGGAUGACAAUGGCAUUCAAUUUCCCAUUGGACAGAUCUGGUCCCCUGGUGAUCCCUGUGAGUUAUGCAUUUGCCAGGCAGAUGGAUCUGUGAGCUGUGAGAGGACUGACUGCGUGGAGACCUGUCCUCACCCCAUUCGGAUCCCAGGGCAGUGCUGCCCCGACUGCUCGGCAGGGUGCACCUACACAGGAAGAAUAUUCUACAACAAUGAAACCUUCCCUUCUGUGCUGGACCCUUGUCUCAGCUGCAUCUGCUUGCUGGGCUCCGUGGCCUGCUCCCCCGUGGACUGUCUCAUUUCCUGCACCUACCCAUUCCAUCCCGAGGGAGAAUGCUGCCCCAUCUGCCACGACUGUAACUAUGAAGGCAGGAAGGUGGGCAACGGGCAGGUGUUCUGGCUGGAGAAUGAGCCCUGCACACGCUGUGUCUGCCAGCUUGGGGAGGUGAGCUGUGAAAAGGUCACCUGCCAGCCAGCCUGCGCUGACCCUGGUCCAGCUUCCCGGGAUUGCUGCUCCUCCUGCCAAGGGGUUUUGCUUCCUGUGGAAGGGAUGUUGGAGCUCUCUCCACCUAAAGCUGCCCGGAGCCCUGGAGAAGCAGCCGUGACUCCCCAGAACUGUAGCAUCUGUCCUGGCGCGCCCAUGGCUGAUGCUCAGAGUCUCCAGGUUCUGUUGAGAAAGAACACAUCUACUGUGGGGACUUUUCCCAUGGAGCCCCUGGGGCCAGGGCCCUCUCGGUCACCCCAGCAGCAGCCAAGGGCUGUUUUGGCCCCUUGUUCCUUGUCAGGGGCCUCGUGCCUUGAUCACUCUACCCCAGGAGCCUCUCAUCUACCUCCUACCUCCCCAGAGGUUCCUUCAUCUCUGCCUGCUAUGGCAGCGACUUCCCUCCCACCAUCUAGGGUUCCAGGAACCCUCCAUGCCCAUUCGGCAUCUGAAGGGCUUUUGCUGCCCAUCAUCCAAAUGACAAAGUCUUCUGGGCCUGCUGAGACCAGGCAGGAGCCUUCAGAGCCCCCCACAGUCAGUUCUAUGCUUCCUGGGUCUUCUUCCAACACUGCUCGACUCUCUUCCUCCCCUACGGUUUCUCCCAGAUCUCCCUUGCAGAAGCCAACAGAGAAACCCUCCUAUGAAGGAGAGUGGAAUGAGUAAUGGGGUCUCAUUUGGAGGGCUGUGCCAGGAAGCCCUUGGGUGGGUGGGUGGGGGGAGAAUGGGAGAAUGAGAGUGACAGAAAAUGAGAGCGGGAGAAAGAAGGAAAGAGAGAACAAGAAAGAGUGAGAGUGACAAUGAAAGAGAAGGGGAGAGAAUGAGAGAACAAGAGAAUGAAAAAGAAUAUGAGUGAGAAUGACAAAAUGAGAGGGAAAAGAAUGAAAGAACGAGAGUGACAAGAGAAAAUGAAAGAGGGAGAAAAUGAGAGUAAGAGUGACAAUGAAAGAAAGGGAGAGGGGGAGAGAGAAUGAGAGAACAAAAGAAUGAAAAAAUAUGAGUGUGAAUGACAGAAAAUGAGAGGAAAGAGAAUGAAAAAAUGAGAGUGACAAUGAAAGAGAAGGGGAGAAGAGAGAGAAUGAGAAAAUGAGAGAAUGAAAAAGAAUAUGAGUGAAAAUGAGAGGAAAGAAUGAGAAAGAGUGACAAAGGAAGGGUGAGAAAGGGAGAGGGAGAGAAUGAGAAAACAAGAGAGAAUGAAAAAGAAUAUGAGUGAGAAUGACAGAAAA